AUGGAAAUUUACGACGGCGAUCGGCAGAAGUACGGUGCCAGUGUUCUAGACGGCGAAGAAGAACCGUCGAACGGCCGAAGUCAGCUGAAUGGCGAUGGUCGUUUGCUUGGCGGCGAUGGCAGCGACAAUGCCGUUGGCGCAGUCGUUAGACUCACGAGCCAAAGCCAGGAUGAUAAUGAAGCGGCAGCUUCUGCUCCUUUAAACCACUUUGACAACAGUUCGAAUUUGAGUGCACCGUCGCUCCGCCGUCGUCGCAGUCGUCAGCAAGCCUCCACCGUUAUUGUCAGCACCGCCACCAGCAUACCGACCGCAUGCUACCGCAGCAGGAGACCGACGAGGACGGCAGGCAGAAAAGUUCGAUUCCAUCUGCAGCUGGUGACAGUAAUCGUCGCGGUGCUGCUGACACAAUUGACUGUAAAUAUUAGUAUAGGUGAAGCAGCCAGUCAGAUACUGAACAAAGCGGAACCACUGUUCAUCACCCGGUCGGAAGCGUUCAAGUUUGCCGUCGGCGACACCAUCACGUUACCCUGCGAGGUGUCCUCACCAGGAUCGUACGUGCUGGCAUGGAAGCGCGGUAUCGCCAUCCUGACGGCGGGCACGGUGAAGGUAACACCGGAUCCCCGGGUGCGACUGGUCAACGGGUACACGCUGCAGAUUCUGGAUGCCGCCGCACAGGAUGCCGGAGAUUACAUCUGCCAGAUUGCAACUAUGAAUCCACGCGAGAUAACGCAUCACGUGGAAAUAUUGGUGCCACCGAAGAUUACGCACGUGACCUCCGGUGGGCAUCUGCAGGUGCGGAAAGGUUCCCCGGUGCGGUUGGAGUGCUCGGCCACCGGUAACCCGAUGCCGAAUAUCACGUGGACACGAAAGAACAAUCUACUGCCAAAUGGAGAGGAACAGUUCACAUCCUCGGUGUACGUCAUUGAGAACAUGGACCGGCACAAAGGGGGCACCUACAUUUGCACGGCCAACAACGGUGUGGGUCAGGUUGCGACCAGCCAGAUUAUUCUGCAUGUCCUCUAUCCACCGGAGAUAAGCGUUGAAAAUCCGAUCGUGUACUCCGGCGAGGGCCAGGAAGCUAUGCUCGUGUGCAUCGUGCACGGUGAAUCGCAACCGGAAGUACUAUGGCACAAGGACACCAUGCAGAUCGAUCAAACCGAACGGCAUGUGAUUGAGAGCCGCGGAGCGCGGCACACGCUAAUCAUCCGCAAGGUGCACCCGCAGGACUUCGGCAACUACAGCUGCAUAGCGGACAAUCAGCUGGGCAAGACGCGGAAAACGGUAACGCUAACCGGCAAACCGAAGGCGGCCGUAUUCCGAUCGAUGCCCAACAGCCAGUGGAAGGAUCGAUACAACAUUUCCUGGAUCGUCGAUUCACACUCGCCCAUCGAGGAGUACAAGCUGUACUACCGGCUGGUCGAUGGUGACCUGCUGCAGAAUCACGAUGGCGUCUACAUGGACAACCGAAAGACCCAUCACACCUACAUGGGUGGCAAUAUGCUAGAGUACGACCGGAAGAUAACCUCAUUCGAUGCCUACUCGUACAACAACGCGUACGGCGGCGGUCACAACCUGCACCACAAGUGGUCCAAGACCGACUGGCGGGACGUGGUGCUGCCGGCUUUCCCGUACUCCCACCACUACACCCAGGGCAUGAGCUAUCUGCUGCGCGGUCUCGAACCGGACCAGCAGUACGAGGCCCGAGUGCAAUCGAGGAACCGUUACGGCUGGAGUGAUUUCUCCGAGAGCUUUCUAUUCACCACGUCAAACACAGAUACCGAAAUUCGUGAUCUCAGCGUAACACAUCGUGGUUCGAGCAGUGGUUCCAGCAUUUAUUCUCAUCGGAUCCCGUCGGCAUGCCUCGCGCUCGUACUGGUUGCAGCCGGAUUGUUCCGGCUAAGCUUUUGA